CUCCUUAUAACUGGCCAUUGCCCGAAUUUGAUUGCAUUGCAAUUCUUCCUCCAAAAGGAAAGAGAUGAUGAUGGGAGUUGUCCAGUGGAAGUACUCACUCCCACUCUCUUCCGCCAUUAACUCCAUCGUCAUCUUUGCUCUCCUCCUCGCAUCACAGGCGGCGGAGUCGGCCCAGCCGCCACCGUACUCGUGCGGGCCUGGGACGAGGUCUCUGCCUUUCUGCAGGGUGGAGCUGCCCAUCCGGAAGAGGGUGAAGGACUUGGUGUCGAGGCUGACUCUGGAUGAGAAGAUCUCACAGCUGGUGAACUCGGCCCCGGCAAUCCCCCGGCUUGGGAUCCCGCAGUACGAGUGGUGGUCGGAGGCCCUUCACGGGGUGGCCAAUGUGGGCAAGGGCAUAGCUCUCAACGGCACCAUAAGGGCCGCCACCAGCUUCCCUCAGGUCAUCCUCACCGCCGCCUCCUUCGAUGCUAACCUUUGGUACCGCAUUGGCCAGGUGAUAGGAACAGAGGCGAGGGCAGUGUACAACGCAGGGCAGGCAACGGGGAUGACAUUCUGGGCGCCCAACAUAAACAUUUUCCGGGACCCGAGGUGGGGGAGGGGCCAGGAGACGCCCGGUGAGGACCCAAGGCUCACCGGCAAGUACGCCGUCUCUUACGUCCGAGGGAUACAGGGCGACUCCUUCGAUGGGGGGAGGCUGCGCGGCCACCUCCAGGCGUCGGCCUGCUGCAAGCACUUCACCGCGUAUGAUCUCGACAAGUGGAAGGGCAUCAACCGCUUCGUCUUCGAUGCCAAGGUGAAUCCGCAAGAUAUGGCGGAUACGUUCCAGCCUCCAUUCCAGAGGUGCAUCAAAGACGCGAAGGCCAGUGGAAUAAUGUGUGCUUACAACAGAGUGAAUGGAGUCCCGAGCUGUGCUGAUUACAACCUCUUGACCAACACUGCCAGACGCCAAUGGCAUUUCAAUGGAUAUAUCACAUCGGACUGCGACGCGGUGUCCAUCAUACAUGAUGAGCAGGGCUAUGCGAAAUCGCCGGAGGAUGCCGUGGCUGACGUGCUCAAUGCUGGAAUGGACGUGAAUUGCGGGACAUACCUUAAGAACCACACUAGAUCUGCAGUUGAGCAGAAGAAACUUGCCAUCGCAGAGAUAGACAGGGCCCUCCACAACCUCUUCUCUGUCAGGAUGAGGUUAGGGCUCUUCAGUGGUGAUCCGAAGAAGCAGCCCUUCGGCAACAUUGGGCCCGCACAGGUCUGCUCUAAGACACACCAGGCCUUGGCCCUUGAGGCGGCUCGCAAUGGGAUUGUCCUCCUAAAGAACAAGGGGAAGACCCUCCCAUUGCAGAAGUCAAAGACCGUUUCCCUCGCGGUCAUUGGCCCCAAUGCCGACGCCCCCAAAACACUCCUUGGGAACUAUGCAGGCCCCCCUUGCAAGUCAGUGAGUCCAUUACAGGCACUCCGAGCCUAUGCCAAGGACACGAGGUUUGAGCAAGGGUGCGAUUCGGUGGCAUGCACCACAGCCUCGGUGGACCGUGCAGUGGAGAUCGCGAAGUCUGCAGAUCGUGUCGUGAUGUUCAUGGGAUUGGACCAGACUCAGGAGCGAGAGGAGCUCGAUCGGGUGGACCUGGUUUUGCCUGGCAAACAACAGCAGUUGAUCGAGGCCGUGGCUCUGGCUUCAAAGAAGCCCAUUGUUCUGGUACUCCUCUGUGGAGGUCCAGUUGAUGUGUCUUUCGCUAGGAAUGAAGCCAACAUCGGGAGCAUCUUGUGGGCUGGCUAUCCUGGCGAGGCUGGAGGGAUUGCAAUCUCAGAAAUCAUCUUCGGCGAACAUAACCCGGGAGGGAGAUUGCCGAUGACCUGGUACCCACAAGAAUUCACAAGGGUGCUCAUGACUGAAAUGAGGAUGCGACCCGAGCAAUCAAGGGGCUACCCAGGACGCACUUACCGGUUCUAUGAAGGCCAGUCAGUCUAUCAGUUCGGUUAUGGGCUUAGCUACUCGAGAUAUUCGUACAAGUUCAUUUCCGUGAGCCAAGAAGUCAUAUCCCUCACCCAAACGCCGAAGACGUCACAGCAACGUCCGGAGGAGUCUGAAACGGUCCGCAACAGACCAGUGACCGAACUGGGCAAUGACUUCUGUGCGAAAUCCAAGAGCACAGUGACGGUCGGGGUCAAGAAUCAUGGGGAAAUGGAGGGCAAACACCCAGUGUUGCUGUUCAUAAGGUGGUCGAAGCAGGGGAAGGGUCGUCCGAUGAAGCAACUGAUCGGGUUUGAGAGCGUGGAGCUUAAGGCAGGGAAAGGAGCAGAGGUUCGCUUCUCGGUGAAUACUUGCGAGCACUUGAUCUGGGCGAACGAGGAGGGCCUAAUGGUAAUAGAGGAAGGUUGGCAUUUCUUCGUUGUGGGAGAGGAGGAAUACCCCAUUGCUGUUAUGCUUUGAUUCUGAUAUGCAAACAAUUACUGUCUGAAACCAAAAGAUUCUAUGCUAUUGCUGUUCCAUGGUCUAAAAAAAGGAUGAACAGGAGUAGGAUAACAAUCAUUAUGAUGUUAGACUUCUCGAACGACAUGAUUUUGCUGCUCCGAUCAAUAACAUCGAUGGAAUUAGAAGAGAAA